AAAAAGCUCCUCAAGGAAGGGUUUUUCCAAAUUGGCCUAUUUUCAUUGGAACUUUAGCCCUAUAUUAGGGUUCAGGCCAAUCCUAGCAGCCAAACCAUGAUGUGCCUCAGUUGAGCUGAUGCUUAUGCACUGGUGAGGCGUCAUGCGUGGUGCCUUGCAGUGCGGUCCUCACAACUUGGGAGGCUAAUGAAAUUCCGCUGCCAAGAGCCAGGCAAAGCUGCAGUCGGUAUGCUACCUUCCUUCCUCAGUCAAGAGUUCAUCAUUUCCAAAUUCUCCUCACAGCUGGUCUGUGUUUACAAGCAAGGAUACCUGCUGUGUUCUCUUCCCUGCAAUUUUAAAUGUCAAGUGUGAUUUUCAGUUUGCUGAAUUAGGAGUGGUAGUUUUCAGAAUAAGAGGCUUUUGGUUCCUGUGCUGUUCCAUGUUAUCUGAGAGCUAGAAAGUAAGCAUCCAAGUAGCUUUUCUAAACAAGGGAUUAUUGCAUCAAGGAAAUGUUUAAUACACAGAUUGUUGCUUCACUGCCUCCUGGGCAUUUGGGUAGCAACAUGUUUUGAGGCUGAUUAGGGAAGGGGUUGUGACUGCAGUCCAAGGUUGUACCUCCUUCCUCUUUUCCCGCAUGUGCAAAACAACUUUCUGUGCUCUUGCUCAGCCAGUUUGAUAACAUCUUGAUUGCAGAAUGGAAAGCCAGUCUUUUACUGGGCAUGUGAAUACUUGGUAGAUGAUAUUUGGGCUUCAGUGUGGUGCGGCUGAGAGCUAAUUCUUCUUUUACAGAAGCAUUCAGAGUAAACUUAUAAACAGCCACACUAUUACACUGGCUCUUCCCAUAUCCCCUGCUUCUGUUAUGUAAAUAUUCCUUCUCUUUUCUGCCUAGUUGGUUCCCUGGAAGUGUGGACAUUACCGUUUCUCUAGGUCAGCAGAUCUUGUUAGUGUCGAUGGUUAGAGAAGAUAGCCUUUUUUUUUUUUUUAGUGUACUGCCUGGGUGUCAGGGCGGCAAGACUAUAUUGCCCAUGUCACAUCAGUUAAUUGAUGUUACAUAUGCUUAAAACUUGGCUGCCAUCAGCUUGUCUUUCUGCUCUACCUCUCCACUUAACAGCUGUGACUUCAUGUAGGUCAGUCGCUCUCUCACGGCCGGGACAUCAGCUCCCAUCAACCCCUAGCCAGUGACUAGGAAUUCUUGGAGCUGUAAUUCAAAAUAUAUGGAGGGUGCCAGGUUGGGUAAGGCUGAUGUACACUAAUUACUUGUGAAGAGUAUUAGUGUGUGUGUGUAUGUGUGUGUUUGGUUGUAUGCUGCCCCAUUAGCCAUAGUGUCUCUGGGCAGCUCACAACAUAGUGAACAAUAUUUCAACAGCAGUUAAAAACACAGUAAUGAAAUAUUGCAUGUUUUCUGAAGGCCAAACAUCAUGUGAAGGUAUACAGGCAAGGGGAAAAGGGAUAAAUGAAGGAGGAGCUUCAGAAGAGGAAGAAAGCUCGUAUGGGGCCAAGCAGAUGCAUUGUGGGAAGGGAGUUGUGAGGCUGGCAAUGAGAUCAGAGCUGCAGGAAGGGCGAAAUUGCUCAUUUGUUUGAACUGGCCGGUUGUAUUUUUAGCUGCAGCUUUAAUUGUCUCCAAGAAGUCAGGCAGAUCUUCAGACAAUGGAGACUUGCAAGGCAGUGACACCAGGUCUUAUUAAAUGCCUGUUAGAAGUGCGUUGUUUAAAGCUGCCUUCAGGAUUACCUGAAGAUUCCUGGCUCAGUUCCUUUGUAGGGACUGUUUCCUGGUUUUAUUUAUCUAUUUGUUUGCUUCAUUUUUCAAAAGGGUUGUUAGCAAAGUCAGGAGAACAUAUAAACAGAAAUACCAUAUACAAUAAAGUAGAACAGUAAAACCAAUGAAACAACCAUAAUAAGACCAAGUUCACAACAACCGUAAUCAAGUUGGCACAUAGGUACGACAGUAGUACGUAAUAAAAUACAAUAUUAAAACUAAAAAUUAGCUGUUAAAAUACCUGGAAAAUAAAAAGGGUUUCAUCUGGUGCCAAAAAGAAGAAAGAGUAGACACCAGACAUCCGUCUUUGGGGAGCUUAUUCCAUAAAUGGGGUGCCACAACUGAAAAGGCCCUUCCUCUGGUUGCCACCCUCCUUAUUCCUUUGGAGGGGGCUCCCUAAGAAGGACCCCAAAAGAUGAUCUUAAGGUCCAGGUAGGUACAUACGGAUGCAAUUUACUCGUACAAAGAAACGCCUUGUCCUGUUUAUCUGCCGUUUUAUUCUACUACAGUUUCCUUUUCCCUCCCAUGUGGAAGCAAAAGACCCAUAGAGAACUCAAAUGCGGUUGGAACAUAAAGCUCUACGUUUUGUAUUUAUUUAAUUGGGUUGGAUUUUUGAGAACUGAGGCCUCUGUGCUUAGCAAGGGUGAACAUGGAAGUCCCUGUUCCGUUCUUCUCGCAUAUAAAUUUAGUAGGUGUGCUUAGGCAAGGUGCUCCAUCUGGGUAAGGCACCUUUGGCCCUCCAGAGGUUGCUGCACUGCAGUGCUCACCUGCCUUAGUCAACAUAGCCUGGUUGAGGGAUGAUGGAGAUGCAGCCCUGCUGUGUCUGGAGAGCCGUAUAUUGCUCUUCUCUACUCAGUAUUGUUGCUUGGGCCCUGCUCUUUGUGAUAUGCAUUGCAGCUGGUAGUGGCCUUCCUUAUAGGUUUUUGUCAGAGUUGCUAGUGUAAUGUGAAGAGUGAAAGUGCCAAACUCACAACCGGGCUAAAUAGGAAGGUCAUAAUAGCUUGUCUGAAGUUUAAAAGAUCAUCUGACAUGCCACAUUUGAAAGCUAAAUAUUGUUUUUUGGCUUAGAUAUUUUGCUCUUUGAAACAGUGUCCUUAAUGAUUUGGAAAGAUUGCUUUGACUGGCAUGUAAAUAAAAAAACAAACAUAGCAGAUUCCCAAGUUAUUAAACUGUAAACGACAGCCUCUCUCCCCUCUUCCCCCAUCUCUGUUAUGCAAUGGAAAAUGUUAAAAGGAUGCUGAUGGAAAGAGGCAUGUGACUCGAUUCAGGCUGCCUUAUGGCAUCACAGAUUCUUUUUGGCCGUGUCUCUACUAUACACAUACUUGAAGCUAUGCUAAAAAUACAACUGGACCAAAUAGGCAAUUGCUCUUGUAGGCACUUCAGUAGCAGCUUUCAGAACAGCUGCCUUCUUUGGUUGGUUUUUUUUUUUUUUCCUCUUGACCAUUGCUGGAAAGGAAGUUUGAUCAGAAACUCUUUAAUUUCAUACCUAGAAAAGCAUGGUUAUUUUUGCAAGUGUGACUAUAUUUUCAGCAUGUGUGUGACUGCUCCGUUCUGGCAGUACAUUUUGGUAAGGCAACUUCGCCACGGUUUGGUAUCAUGUAUGAACUGACAAACUAUAGUCAACCUCUGUGUGAUUCUGCACUUAGGGCAGGGAGUGGGCAAAACGAUUCAUUUAGAAAGAACAGUCUCUUCCUAUUAAGAUCGUAAGUUUGCUUUUGUGGUGUUCUUGAACUUACUGUUAGAUAGUUGAAUAUGCAAAAACAGAAAAUUAUGCAACAGAGGGAGGAAGCAGAGUGUGAAGUAGAGAGCAUUUCAUCAUGAAAUCAGAAUAAAUAUGAAUUUUAAACUUUAAAUCCAGCCGUCCACCCCCUAGUUAACAUUCACAUGCCACCCACCCUCACUCUGCCAGAUUUCUCUUUUCGGGUGCUACAGCUAUCUCAGAACCACUGAUGCUGUAAACAUGCCUUGCGAGAAAAUGUUUUGUUCCAUACCUCUACUGAAAAAGAGGGCUUUACAUAGCUGAGAAACGUGCGCGUGUAACCACAUCACAUACUGCGCAAUUGAAUUCAUUGUCUGUCUGUUUCUGCCCCACAGUGUGCCGAUCUAACAAAAGUCCAUGGAUCUGCCUGACUUGCUCAAGCGUCCACUGUGGGAGAGGUCCAUGUUGGUCCAUAUUGGAUCACCACCACCAACAGUGACAGUAACAAAACCUUAAUUGAGCAAAAAUUCCCAAAGGCAAAGAUAUGUAAAUGGCCAUGCAAAGAAACAUUAUGAAGACGCCCAAGCUUCUUUAAUUAGCCACAAGAAAACAGAAAAGCAAGAGAAGGUUCAACAUACGGUGUGCAUGGAUUGCAGUAGUUACAGUACAUAUUGUUAUCGCUGUGAUGACUUUGUAGUUAACGAUACCAAGCUUGGCCUGGUACAGAAAGUCCGGGAGCACCUUCAGAACUUGGAAAAUUCAGCUUUCACAGCAGACCGACAUAGGAAAAGAAAACUUCUGGAGGGCUCCUCCUUAAACAGCAAAUUGUUAAAAAUAAAUGGGAGCACGACCACCCUCUGCGCCACAGGCCUUCGGAACCUGGGGAACACCUGCUUUAUGAAUGCCAUCCUCCAGUCACUCAGUAACAUCCAGCAGUUCUGCUGCUACUUCAAGGAGCUGCCUGCUGUGGAACUUCGGAAUGGAAAGACCGCAGGCCGGCGGACUUACCACACCCGCAGCCAAGGGGAUAACAGCGUUUCGUUGGUGGAAGAGUUUCGGAAGACGCUGUGUGCUUUGUGGCAAGGAAGUCAGACAGCAUUCAGCCCUGAAUCUUUGUUUUAUGUAGUUUGGAAAAUCAUGCCAAACUUUAGGGGGUACCAGCAACAAGAUGCCCACGAAUUCAUGCGCUACCUGUUGGACCAUCUGCACUUGGAACUCCAGGGAGGCUUCAACGGAGUUUCCCGCGCCGUCAUCCUGCAGGAGAAUUCUGGUCUCACGGCUGGCAGUCGAUGCUGCAUAAACGGCACUUCGACAGUUGUGACAGCUAUCUUUGGAGGCGUCCUUCAGAAUGAAGUCAACUGCUUGAUAUGUGGGACCGAAUCCAGAAAGUUUGAUCCAUUCCUAGAUCUUUCUCUAGAUAUUCCAAGCCAGUUCCGAAACAAGCGUAGCAAAAACCAAGACAAUGGACCAACAUGCACGUUGCGGGACUGCCUCCGCAGUUUUACAGACUUGGAAGAACUCGACGAGACGGAGCUGUACAUGUGCCACAAAUGCAAGAAGAAGCAGAAGUCCACCAAGAAGUUCUGGAUUCAGAAGCUACCCAAGGUGCUGUGUCUACACCUGAAGCGCUUUCACUGGACAGCCUAUUUGCGGAACAAAGUGGACACGUUCGUCGAAUUCCCCCUGAGAGGCCUAGACAUGAAGUGUUACCUGCUGGAGCCCGAGAACAGUGGCCCCGAGAGCUGCCUGUAUGACCUUGCGGCUGUGGUGGUGCACCACGGAUCAGGGGUGGGCUCCGGCCAUUAUACGGCAUACGCAACUCACGAGGGCCGCUGGUUCCAUUUCAACGACAGCACCGUCACGCUGACGGACGAGGAGACGGUGGUGAAAGCCAAGGCCUACAUCCUUUUCUACGUGGACCGACAGGCCAGACCUGGAUCUGAUAAACUUUAAUACCUCUUCCUGCCCUUUGCCUAUCAAGUCCACGGGACAAAACAUUUCCAAUCCUCCACAGAUACUUGAUCCAAGACUCUUGAUUUCAUUGUGCACUUUUCAAAUUUUUCUCGUGGGUUCUAGUUUUACUUUGUUGGUAGUAGCAUUUGAUUUGUUAAAAGAUGGACACAAACUAACUUGGUUGUUAGUGAUACCCGAAAAAAACCUCAGCAGAUACUGAUUCGCUGCUUUAACUCAAAUUUUAUAUAUAGUUUCAAGAGCUACUUUAGUGGUUUGACUUUUAUAUAUGAAUAUUCCAGUUUGCUUUCUAAAGGCACAUCUACAUCAGCGAAACUUGAAUCCUUUCAGUAAGCACAAUUGUGUACUCAAUUAUGAAAAAGUUUUCUCAGCUAUUAUGCAAGACCUCUUUCCCUUAAGAUCAAGGUGUUAUAAAUAUCGGUCGUGCCCUGAGUGCACGACCUGUGGACAGAUUUUUGGCUGCCUGUUCAAAAAAAAAGGAUGAAAUGUCGUCUUGUUAAGGGGGCCAUGUAACUGCUGCUACAGUUCUCCAUGGAGUCUGCUCUCGUUCAGUGUUCCCCAUGCGUUAGCAACUGGCUGUCUUGUUAGCAGUAGCAGGCGAUUCGAAAUUUAACAGGCAACCUUGCCAAAGGUUAGAGCCAGCCCCUGACAAGCGGAAGCCCAUUAGCACGGCGGGGAGGCGGGGGUCGUCUUUCCUCCCUUCCCUUCUGCGGUCCUGUGGAGUUCUUGAAGUGUUGCAGAGCGUGUCCUUGCUCUUUAGGACAGAUGUUGAGCGGUUCGGGUCCACGGAGAGAAUCCUUCCCCUCCCCGUUGCUCUGAUGGAACUGAAUCCAUCAGUGGAAUUGCCGCGUCCACUCCAGCACAGUGACUAAGCUACCAGAAAACCUCAGGAAACGUGACUUUGGUAGACUUUCCUCUCGAUGAGUGUAUAGAAUCAUUUCUUGAAUGUGCUGGACGCUCCUUUCUGGAGGCAGAAUGGGAUGUAUAAAAAUUCCGUUCAGGCAGCAUCACGCGAGCAGAAAUUCUGGGCGGCUGUAAAUCUGGCCCGGCCAGUGCAGGGCUGCGGGGCGAGGUGUGCCCCGGGCCAGCCUUAGCACGGGGUGGCGCUCCCGGUUGGGAGGUGUGCCACCCCCUCGUCUGCUUGUCUCAGUUCUGCGUUUCCCGUGGCAUCUCUUUGCCUUGUGUCUCAUGGGCGACGGGUGAGGCUGCCGCCAGCUGGGACAACUUGCAGAGAUUGCAGUCCCGCGGCGUUCUUUUGCUUUCUGUGGGCCGCAAUGAAAGCUGAUCUGUGCGGGUGUUGCUGGCUGUUUUGAGGAGCGAGAAACUGGCCGCUUCCGGCUGUGCCCGUGUGAUUUACACCAAGCUGGUGUCCUUGCCUGCCCGUCCCUCGCAGAGUACUCUGCAGUGCUGGACUGAAAGAGUCCUCUGGUUCUGCUCUUGCCAUCUAGGCCAGCAAUUUUGUUGGGUAGGACUAGAGGAAAGCGGAUGCCCCCGUCUUGAAUGUUGCUUUCAGAGAUGCAGAUUGCCGAAGGUUCUGCUGUUGAGGUUGGCCUGGAGCCCUGAAUUGCUCUUUGUUUAAUCUACAAGGCAGAUGGGAAGCAUCCAACCAAAGAUCUGCACCAGAAUGAAUGGCCCCCCUUCCAACGGAGGUUCAGAAAAUCAAGUCAAUGUGGUAGCCACCACCGCAAAGAAAAGUGGCGGCGCCCAGAGCUACCCCUCCGUCGUCUCCUUGCUUCGCUGCCCCCUCCGGGUUCCUGCAGUGGGGUCCUUCCCGGGACACGGUGUGGGCUCUUUUUGGAAUGUGGUGCUGUCGGUGCGACGCGUUUCCUUGCUGGUUCGGCUCCAGAAGCGAGUUACAAUGGGAGCCCAGGCACAUGGGCCUGGGACAGAGGAGCCCUUUCUCAAGCUGACCCCCGCCCUGCCCCCACGAACACACCCAUGGGCGGCAGUGUAAUCGGUGAGUUGUGGCAACACACGUUAUUCUCUUCCUGGCGGAGAUUUGCUUAUCCACUGGAUUCUACUCAGUGAGUUGUGUCAAAGUGACAGAUUUGAAGCAGUCUCGGUGUGUGCUGCACCCGAAGGAGUAUUGGAUUUUUAACCCUUUUUCUAUAGCUUCUGUUGAAAUAGGAAAGCGAAGGGAAUCCCCCCCUUCCUUUCUGCCAAAUGAGCUGCUAGGCUUCGCACUGCCACGCCUGGAAAGCCCUUGGCGGGAACAUGCAGCACCGCGGCUGAGCACACAGGUGCGCUCUGAGAAAGCACCGGCUCCCCUGUAUUAGGCGCUCCCUUCUGGCCCUCUGUAUGCCCUCUGCACCCCAACGCCUGCAGCCCCUGAAGGCGCAGUGCCCCCUCCAGAGGUGCUCAGACUGUCGAGCUGUCCGUGGGCCCAGGCUCUGCUGUCGUGCAAAGAGUCGCUGGUUCCAAAAAGACACCUCCGCAAAGGUAAGGUGCAGCCAGAUGCUAAGGCGCUCGUGGCGGCCGGCUGGAAACAGCUGCGUGGUGGUGUCCCUCCCAGGUCCGUGUUUGUCUCCCUCCCGCGCUCACCUGUCUGCUGACCACCUGUCGUCCCGGUGUGCCAUAGAUGUGAUUGUUUGCUUGCUGUUCAAACCUGGUCUGUAAGCCUCCUCGCCUGGCCCCGCCGAGCGCUUCUCUUUGCCGCGAGCGCCGUGGGCCUUACAUUGCUCCCUCUGGAAAACCUGCCAUUAAAGUCUUUUCUUCUCUC